CCGCCCACUUCCUUUGGCGAAAAGUACUCAGCUAUUUUUUUUAAUAGCUGACAUCUUUGUGUUUUUAGCUGUUAGCCGUCGCUGCUAAGUAACUUUUCGGGUCACUUCUUCAUUAAAAGUAAAUACACGAAUUGCACGAAGUCCACGCUGUGAACAAGAGCAGUUACGCGGCCUUUGAAAAGUUACUAUGGAAGAAGUACAGAGAGGCAGCAAUGGCACAGAGUCACAGGCUGCAACCAUUCCCACUACCAUCACAACCUCUCAGUUCUCACAGAUAGCCCAACAGAUGUCACUGGGUGGUUCUGCUGUGACCGUUGUACAACUGCCAGGGGGUCAGUUUCAGGUUCAAGGAGUGAUCCAGUCUGCACAGUCGUCAGUCAUUCAGUCCCCUCAGGGCCAAACUGCACAGGCACAGGAUUCAGAUAGCGAUGAUUCACAGGACUCAUCUGACAGCGGAGCAGCAGCCCACAAAACCAGAGAAAUACUGGCAAGACGGCCUUCAUACAGAAAAAUCCUAAAUGACCUUUCAUCUGAGGAAGUGGCACACAUUGAGGGAAAGGAUAACAGCCCGGCAUCCACAGGAGUGACAGGUGUUACAGUACCAACCACCCAAAUCUACCAGACCAGCAGCGGCCAGUACAUUACCAUAGCUGCAAAUGGCACAAUCCAGCUGGCAACUCCAGGGUCGGAAGGCAUUCAGGGACUUCAGGCUGUCACCAUGGGCAACUCUGGUGGAGCUCAGCAAGGCACCACCAUCCUUCAGUAUGCCCAGACACCUGACGGCCAGCAGAUCCUGGUGCCUAGCAAUCAGGUCGUUGUACAAGGUGCGGGAGGAGAGGUGCAAACAUACCAGAUCCGCACAGCGCCCACAUCCACCUCCCUGCCUCAGACUGUAGUUAUGACCUCUCCAGUGGGAUUGUCCCAGAGUAAGUCUGAUGAUCCAACGCUGAAGAGAGAAAUCAGGCUUGCGAAAAACAGAGAGGCAGCCCGUGAAUGUCGACGAAAGAAAAAGGAAUAUGUUAAAUGCCUGGAAAACCGCGUAGCUGUCCUUGAGAACCAAAACAAGACUCUGAUUGAAGAACUGAAAACAUUAAAGGAUCUUUAUUGUGUUAAAACAGGAUAACGUGUCUGAAUAGAGGAUUGAGACAUAGUGUGGGAGUGGCACAGCUCAGCCAUUUGGACAUGACGGGGUUUCUGGGAACACUUCAUUUCAGGCUGAGAUUCUCCAGGUUUUUGUUUCUUUUUUUUUUACUCUGUUUGAUAUAAAAGUGACUUAUGGCAGUGAAAUUUACUCAACAGAUUAAAACACAAAUUGAUUGGCCAUUUUUCCACCUGCUGUUUUUUAAACAUUUGCUAAUGCUAUAACAUUUAUAGUUGUGCUCAUUUUUAAUACUGGGAGAUCUGAAAUUGUGAGCUUUAACAUUCGGACUCAGUUUUUAAGUGUAUCCCUUUCCUUUUUUUUCCUUGUGUUUUUAAAAAAUGUUGCUGUUGGCCUUUUUUUUAAAAAAAAAAUGUAACAGCAUCUGCAGAAUUUUGACUGUAUAAUUACUACACAGACAUGAUUUCUGUUUAUUUUGUGAACCAGCAAUUCUCCUCAUUUCCCUUUUAGGAGAUGUUACAAUUGUCAUUCCUUAUUUUUGUGCAAUGGAGUAUAAAGGGUAAAAGAAAAGAUGACAUUAAGUGUGGUUUGUUGGUUGUUUCUUGGCAGUUACUUAGACAAUCAGGGAAAAAGCACAGUGUCCAGGUAAUAUUUAUUAAUGUACAUCAUGGGACGGGUGGGAAAGAAGAACAAACAGUGUAUGAAAUGUUGCUGAUUCUGUAAGUAAAUAAAUAUAUUUUCACUCAGUA